CACUCCCUCCCUCCUCCCUCCUCCUCUUUCUCUCCCUCCCUCCCCCACUCUCUCUCUCUCUCUCUCUCUCUCUCUCUCUCUCUCUCUCUCUCGGUCGGUUUUCCUGCCGGGCUGCUGCUGCUUUGCGCGCUGCGGGGCCACACUGCGACCGCACCGAGGAGGAAGAGGAGAAAGCCGCGCGGACCGAAAGGGGCCCAGCCUGAGCCAGAGAGGCGGAGAGGCACGAUUCAAAAAGAAGAGAAGAAGAAGAGGAGGAAAAAGCAGAGGAGGAGGGUUUGAACGCGCCGUCACCGCGCGGAUAAAAAAUACCUGAGAAGCAGCAGAAGGCGGAGACGCGUCACACCGCGCUGUUCCUCCCUCCAUCUCUGUCUCCGCUGUUCAGGGGAAGCGAAGAAGAAGUGAAACACGAAGAGGAGGACAAACGGAGGAAAAAUCUUCUUGGGGAAUCUCGGAGCGCAAAACGACGAACGACGCGGUGUUGGAAACCUCCCCCCUCCCCUCCCGGACCAGGGCCGAUUCUCCGUUGUCUAGCAGCCAGCUCGGCGCGGCGACACCAUGAAGGACCGUACGGCGGAACUGCGAAGCGCUAAGGACAGUGACGAUGAUGAGGAGGUGGUUCAGGUCGACAGGGACCACUUCAUGGACGAGUUCUUCGAACAGGUUGAGGAGAUCAGAGGCUGUAUAGAAAAGCUGUCGGAGGAUGUGGAGCAGGUCAAGAAGCAGCACAGCGCCAUCCUGGCCGCACCCAACCCUGACGAAAAGACCAAGCAGGAGUUGGAGGACCUCACAGCUGACAUCAAGAAGACAGCCAAUAAAGUUCGUUCAAAAUUAAAAGCAAUCGAGCAGAGCAUCGAGCAGGAGGAGGGUCUCAACAGAUCAUCAGCGGACCUCAGGAUCCGUAAGACACAGCACUCGACGCUGUCACGUAAGUUUGUGGAGGUGAUGACUGAGUACAACACCACGCAGUCCAAGUACCGCGACCGCUGCAAGGACCGCAUCCAGAGACAGCUGGAGAUCACCGGGAGAACCACCACCAACGAGGAGCUAGAGGACAUGUUGGAGAGUGGCAAGCUGGCCAUCUUCACUGAUGAUAUCAAAAUGGACUCUCAGAUGACCAAGCAGGCCCUGAACGAGAUCGAGACCCGACACACCGAGAUCAUCAAACUGGAAAACAGCAUCCGUGAGCUGCACGACAUGUUCGUCGACAUGGCCAUGCUGGUGGAGAGCCAGGGAGAGAUGAUCGACAGAAUUGAGUACAACGUGGAACACUCCGUCGACUACGUGGAGCGAGCCGUAUCUGACACCAAGAAGGCCGUCAAAUACCAGAGCCAGGCUCGCAAGAAGAAGAUCAUGAUCAUCAUCUGCUGCGUCAUCCUGGGCGUGGUCCUGGCGUCGACCAUCGGCGGCACGCUGGGCUUCUAAGACGCUCCGUCACCUGCCGCCGUGACGACCGACACCGACCGACCGUCUGACCGACAGCCAGCAGAGAAAAAGAAACACCAAUGACGACAACAACACAAAAACUUGAAACACAAAUGCAAGACAGAUAACCAAUCAGCUAGGAAGAGAUAACAGUCCAAUCACAGAUAAGAGGAAACACCACGGGGUUGGGUGGGGUUCAAAAAACAAAGACAAAAAAAAACACACAAUAAAAUCGCCAUCACAUUAUAGCUGACUUAAAUACAUAACAUAUUCAAAAAGAGGGUACAAAUAGACCUACUAUUUAUUACAGAUGUACAUGUAAAUGUAUUGAACAUAUGAAGCAACACAUGGGUUAGCUACCUGUAAAAAAAUUAUGGCCUAUAAUAUAUUUACUUGUUUGUUUGUUUUGCCUUUUUUCUUAUUUUUUAACAGUUUCUUUCAUUUUUCGAGAGUCUCCAAGGACAGUGAUGGUGACUGCUGCUGGGUAGGAGUUCUGCAGGACACACAUUCCAGAGCCAACCUUCAUUUAUUCCAUAAUUUCUUAACAUUUAUUUGCUAAUAGACAUUCUGAAACUGAGAAUGUUUCAGAACACCACAGAACACGUCCUAAACUAGUGAAGGCUCUGUCAGAACGUUCCAGAGUUCUAGAACUCCUCGCUGCAUUCUGGAGCAGAGUGAAGUUCCGGAAUGCUCUGUGACUCUGGAACGUUCCGGAAUGCUGUCUCGCCGGACGAGCACCCUCUGGCUUUGGUAGAACCAACUUUGUCCCUUUGUUUCUGGGAGGGAGGGACCGACCUCGCUGUUGGCUCAGCCACCUCUUUAGAAUAUCCCUCAUUGGUCUCUCACUCCUGUCAUUCACCUCAGUCAGCCUAUUAAAUUAGCUUAGACCGGCAAACCCCUACCUGCCACACACCUAAACCGAAAAGGAAAGAGCGUGACUCGCCGCCUGCUGAGGUGUUUUCACAACCAGACCACUGAUUGGGAAAACACCUUGUGGUGGUGGUGGUGGGGGGGUAUGUGUCUUUGCAACGUGGCAGGUUUCCACGACAACAGCCUCCCCUUCUAGUCACAGAUAUCCAACCAAAGAGCAGGGGGAGGGAGGGCCUCUGGUUUUCCUGCUGAAUUCAAUUGGCCAGCGGUAGAAAAUGUGACGUUUGACUGACAGGUGAACGGUGGGAAAGAACAGGAGGUAGGACGUUUUAAAGGCGGGUGGGAGGAGACGGACAGUCAAUCUAUGCAGUUUAGAUAAGAGGAAGACGACUUGUCCCGCCUCCCUCACCUGAGAUAGCCAAUGAGGAUCGGGGAGUUAACGUUACCGCACACACCGAUCGCUGUAAAAAUAUCGUCGUCACGGCCGGGUGUCAUCUCCAAGCUGUCACGACUGUUCUUCCAGAAGAUUCUAAAAAAUGAAGAGAACACAUUAAAAAGUAAAGAAGAAACAUAAAGUGAAUUAUAACACGAUAAAACUUACAAACAAGCCAGAUAAAGAACCCAGAAGAAGCUGGCGUGCCCUGGUUACCUGAGUGUCGCGGUAAUAUUGUUGCUUUUUUCCGUUUUUUAAAGGGAAACGUUUGUUGCUUCGUUGUUCCGUGGUGCUGCUGUUUUAGUGCGUGCGUGACGUGUCCCGUGACGUAUCGGCCUCAUCAUUUAGCAGUUACUGUUUAGUCCGUAUGGUUUGAUGCAUUUGCCUGUUUCCUCCCUGCAUCCUUCUUUUCUGCCUGAGUUUGUGUGUGUGUGUGUGUGUGUGUGAUAUUUAAUUCACACCAUUUGAAUGCCUGAGUUAACACAGGUGCUACUGAACAGGAGAGGCUUUUCCUAUUGGUGGAUUUCCUCAGUGGAAGGUGGAACAUGUGACACACACACAUUCACAUACUUUCACAACAUAGCACAUGCAUGAACACCUCAUGUACACAUUUAAUGUUUCACACAGACACACUUUGAAAUUCUCCCCUUAACACACACACUUUAACUUCCCUGUGUUACACAUCAUGCCAAUGCUAGUGUUAGACUGUGUUGCUUAGCAUGCCGUAGUGUUAGCUUGUGUUACGUGUAGAUGGUGUAGAAGCUGCUUGUUGGAGACUGACUGCAGGUUUCUGGUCUUUUUUUAAAGUUAAAGACACUUUCCAUGUGUCCAGACCAGUGUUGGGGAAAGAAUGAGGAAGUAAGACGAGCUACGUUCAUUCUUGACCUUGGACAUAGUCAAAUGACUAAACACAAUCUUAAUAUAAAGUUCACUUACUAGCUUUUUUCCAAAGUGUUUGACUGCAUCUCAUGGUCUUUGCAAAUUCAAUCUUCUGACAGUUAUGGAGAAGGCUAGAAAACUAGCUGCUAGCUAGUAAAAUUAUUUUUGUUAAACUAGUUAAAUUUCAACAGCAGUGAAGCAUUUAGACACUCUGCAAACAUGUAGCAAUAUACAGAGAAUAAAUAACACCCAAUCUGUCAUUUUAAAAUGUAUUUACUGUACAUCAGAUUGUUAGAAUUAGCAGUUAGCAGUAUGUUUGCACAAGAAGACAGGAGUACUUCUUUUUACAUAAAUGAAGAUAAUUAUAACUUAGUAAAAAAGAUGAAAUUAUGAUGAAGUUAUGACAGUAAUCUGAGUAAUGUGUUAACCUCAACACUGCUCCAGAUUGGGACAACACAUCAUGUAUGUUACAUUUCAACACAUAUAUAUGUUGUAAAAGCAUGUUUUGUUUCUUUGCUGAUGAUGUGAUCUGUGUUGAGAAGUAAUACAAACGUGUGCAUUGUCCCAAACUGGACACUGGGUGUGUUGAAAACUACUACACAGUAUUGUGACUCUGGCUUUAGUCAGAGGAGUUUUAAGGAGGAAGGUUCGUCUGUGUUCAGGCUCUGUGAUACGGAGGUUUGUUGACUUCUGUUGAGGCCUAUGCUGGACAAUCCUGCACCGUCACACCACAGUCACUGUCAGGGUAACAACAACAACCACAAAUACCACCUUAAACUCCACAAAGUCUACACUACACUCAAAGCAAUAAAGUCAGUUUGUUAAAGUUCUGUUUCAUUUGACAGACAAAGUGUUAGCUAGCUAGCUCACUGUGUCUGGAUUCUGACCCAAGUUUAGAAGCUGGAAAGUUGUGAUGUUGACAGAGUUGUUUUGUAAAUAAAAAAAGGUCCUUACAUUCAUUUUCUGUGACAGUUGGAGCGUUUAAGCCUUCGGUGGACAUAAAACUCUCCAAACAACUGUGUCAGAAAAUACCUGGUUCACUUAACAACUCGUUCUGGAAGGCUGCGCUCUGACAGGAAGUUAGCAUGAUGUGGUGUUUGAUGAGUAUUGUUAGCCACAAUAUGACAAAUAAUACUUAAGUCACGCUAGCUGCUUUGUCAUGGCUAACAAUACUUCUGGCUGCCAGGGCAACAUGUAGACUUGAGGAAAUAGUUGUUGCUUUGUUGAAUGUGUCGUGUUUUCUUGGGAGUCUUAGUUUAUAGCACCGUUACCUGUAACGACUGUGACGCUUUGUAACCACUAGAUGAAAAAAUGGGGAUUUUUAGCUUCAGGUUUGGAAGAGAGUGGAGGUAGGAGUUUUUAUUUUAAUCUUUGACUUCCCAAAACCAAAACUUAACUUCUUUGUUCACCAAAGCUUCGCAAACAGCCCCAAACCCUCCAAGCAGCAAAGUCCAAUAGAUGUUUGUUCUGAUGAAUUGUCAGUAGAUUUAGAAUAAUUUAGCACUUUUCUCUGCUGUUGUGUUGUCAGUGUUCAUGGCUACAUUCUGUCUUUGAGUGGUUUCUAAAUGGUUUUGCCAUUUUUCGACGGUAGUAAAAACACUGAAUCGCUCCACAAAAGGAUUAAAUAUCAAAUAAUGUUCCCCCCUGUAAAUCAAACCCAAAGUAUGUUUGUUUUUACUUACUACAUUUCCCAGGUGUCUUUAGUUAGAGUUCUGCUUCAUUUUGGAAAUUUCAGAUGAAUUCAGGAAACUAAAUUGACGUACCUGUUGUUGGUUUUUAAAUUCAUUUUAUCUCCUCCAAUCACAGUGCUUCAUCCGUCACCUGCCAGUUGCAUCAUAAAGUCAGUCCCCCCCCGUGAAGUCAAUAGUUUAAUUCAGUUGCUCAUUCUCGAUGGUCGAUGGUUGUCAAGGUGACGUCACUUUCGUUCCGGUAGUCUUGCGAUGGUCAGGCGGUGGUGAUUGCAAUGUGAGGAUGCCGUUGUAGCACCAGCCAACUUGUUAACACUGACGUUUCUUUUUCCGUAUGUGCAUGUGUACUGUAAAGUUCCUGUUCCUGUGUGGCAGCCAUCCAUCAGGCCUCGCCUCCAUCCUCAUCCUGGGAAAGUAAACACGGACAAACAUUGCGAAAAUCAUAAAAGCAUUAAGGUUGUGGUUAAUGAAACAACUCAGUGAAGGUUCGGAAGUUUGUCCAAGUAUUCGGUCCCUGUCCUUUUGUCUUUCCUCUUCCCAUUUGUGUUGUAGUUGUUUGAUUGUACAAAAAGAUGACGUUCCCCAGUAGACCCCACCCAUCCCGUUGUGUGUAAUAAUGAUAACAAUAAUAAUAAUAAUAAUAAUAAAAAAAGGCAUGCAAAGCGUUGUGGAGUUUGCAUGAUGGUGUUUUUGUACCCCAGCCCCAACCUGCCCUCCAUAUCGAGCACUUUACCGCUCAUCAGACCUGUCUUUGGUUAGCAUGUUAGCUAACUACUCAUUCUUACUUCAUUUUUUGAGUUAAUCACGUGUUGGCGUUACUUGUUAACAUGUGAUUUGUUUGUAACAUAAUGUGGAACAGUAACUGGAUUUUUGAAGUGUUUUGUUCAAGGAGGGAGUUUAUAUUUAAAUGUGAAAGGCAAAAUUUUCAAAUAUGCUACCGUCGACUUCAGCCAUACUGCCCCCCCACCCCGCAAAAAAAAAACCUGAUGUUGACCUCCAAUCCUCUUGCUAGGUCACACACCAACAUUAUCAACUGAUCUCUGUGCUUAUUUGCUUCCGUGGUUGCAUUUGUGUUUGUGUUUUUGAGGAGGAAUUGUUCCUACCAAUGUUAGUUGUUGUCUGAAAACCUCGACCUGUGGGUUUAACCUCCACCCGGCCUUGUGUGUGUGCAGCAUGCCUCCCUUCCUCUUCAGUGAAACAAGAUUGGUGCAUAAAUGCGCGAAUGUGUGUAUGUUUGUGUUUGUGUUUUUGUGGCGGAGCAGCACGAGUUUGUUUCAAUGUGCAAAGCAUCUGAUCGCAGGUCCACGGGUUGCAGCUGUUUGACAAUUUCCACUUAUUUUUUUUUGAGAUACAAGAGAUCAGACAUAUUUAUGAACGCCAUGAUCACUGUUAUUGUUAUUAUAUUAAUUAAAAUUCAAACCAAAGCGUUUUUGCCCUCCCCUCAUGUGUUCUCAAAAUGUUCGCCGCUUAUAUCAAAGAGCACAACGCAAGUCAAGUUUACACUGAGAUGUUCGUCACAAAUGGUUAAAAAUAUAUAUACUAAAAAAACACCAGAUGCUACGGUAACUAUAAAAACAAAAGCCCAGCCCCCCUGCCCACCACCAGCCCUCACUGCAUGUUGGUCUGUCCACCAAUCAAACCGACAAACCUUUCCGAUAGUUAUCUUACUCCACAAUGACGAUGUCUGCCUCCACCCCCCCAUCCCCCUUUCCCUUUCCUCUCCACUUGUAGAUGUUAGUUUGUGGUCUGAUUAGUGGAUAAAUAUGACACAUAAUCAUCUGUGAAAAAAAUUAGCAUAUGUACACUUCUCCUCCACUUGAGGCAUAUACGGAGACAAUGGUGGUGCUUUCUUAUUCUAUUUAUGAAUUGCUGUUAUUCUUGUUAUUUUGGUGUCAUUAUUUUGUGUACAGCUUGUUUACCAGUCUGUGUUCACACCUCGGGAUCAAUGCUUGUCUGCAGGUUUGAAGGUUUAGCUAGCUAGUCAGUCCCAAAGGAUCUCGUUUCAUGGCUGACGGAUCAAAGCCAAACCAACCAAAGCCUCUUCUCUUUGCAUCUCCUCUCCACAGUCCCAAACUGUUCACAAAUCACAAUAACUUUCACAAAAAUAACAGGUCAUGUCAGGUAAAUUACGACAAAGCAGUGCUAGCUAACGGUGCCUUGUCAUAAUUCUCCUCAUUGUGAUCACCGUGACUGUAAUGUCACUGCUCAGUUCUUUUCAGGUGUUUGACUCUUUAGCUCUACUGCUUUCUGAAAGCACAACUAUAUGAUUGACAAAAAACUAUUACUCUUGCAAAACUUAUGCUUACACUAGCAUUAAUGUUUAUUUAACUCUCCAAACUUCAGACCUUGUUGCAAGCAAGCUAACAUUAGUAAGCUUCCAUUAGGGUUUGAUUAUCAGAUGUAAUUUUCGGUUUCAGUUUGUUUUUUCACAUCAUUUGGACUCCAAUCACUUCAGCUGUUUUCCAUGAGGGGCAUUAUUUUGCACUAACCAAUCACUAUCAAGUUACAUAUCUGUCCUGAACAGUUAGUUAAUGUGUUGAUUUUAGAGUUGUUGUUGCUGUAAGGUCUGAAAAAUGACCUGCGCGGCUGCAUGUGACGCCAUUAAUUGUGUAAUAAAUUAGAGAUGUUGGGUAUUUUAAUUAUAUAAUUGUGUUUCCAAAUUACUGUUGAGCAUAUGCAAUAGAGAUAUUGUAUCUUGAACUUGAGAAGAAAUUGAGGAGUGACAAACCAUCAUCGCCCAGUAGUGAGCUAGCUAGCUCCGAUAAACCUACAGCGAGCAUUUCCCAGUGUGUGAGAAAGGACUGCAGCCUUGUCAACUAAAGUCACAUAUAUAGGCAAGAAAAUAUAUAUAAAUCUUACACCAACAUACUGCAUUUCUCUAACUGUAUGUAUGUGGCUCCGUAGCCAUCGCUUCUAUUGGCUGUGUACAGUUUCUGUCAGAGCGGGGGAUGGAAAGCAGGAAAAAAUCAUCUGGAGAGAGUUUGGGUGCGACACCAAGACUCCAAAGAUUGACUUACCUUUAGCCGUUAGCUAUUAGCCUGUGUGUGGAAGUAACUCGCCGUGUUGUUUCACACACGUAUUAAAAAUUGACUCCUUUAGUUUUUGGUCACUUUUAACAUGCUAAACGUGAGUGGACACAACGCGCUCUGCAGUUAUUUCUGCAAGUUAAUUUUUCAGUGUGAACCAGCAGCGCAGCAUCUGCAGACCGGGGUGUCUGUCUUCCAAGUUUGUACUCAACAGACACCGAGUUCAAAGACUGUGAGGAUUCGAGUUAGUCGUGCUUUUUUGUUCCUCCGUUGUCGGACAAUUAAGCUCUUCUCUACGAUGAUUUUUGUCUUCCUGAAACAAUUUUCAAAAACCAAAACCUGUUCAGUGCCCUGCUCUGGAUGAUGAUAAAAUGAAGACGUUUGUUUUGUCGUGGCUUCGAUCUGCUCUCGGCAGCAGGAGCAGCUGCGGCUUGAUAUUUAAUUCUUGUUUCUUGAAGAUGAUUUAUUUGAAGCUCCACCCAUACGUCUUUCUGCUCUCUCAUCAUACGAGACAGUAUUUGGUUUUAUCAGUGUUUUUUUCCCCUAGCGGGAGGGGUGGGAGGGGUCAGGGGAGGGGCCAUGAAGAUAGGCCACGCCCACAUGGUCUCUGCCAUAGCAAGUAGGAAAGACACUUAAAUAACAUUGUUAUUAUCAUUAUUAUUAUUGUUAUUAUUAUUAUUAUUAUUAUUAUUAUUAUGACCAUAAAUGACAAAUAAAAAUGCAGUAAAACAUUUGCAAAAACCCAGAGGGAGAACGAACGGCUUCACACAAAGUGAUCAAACAUAAAACUUUAAAAAAGGGAGGUCAUGAUGAUUCUAUAAUAGCAAUGAUUUAAAGAAGUACAAAAGGAGUUAUGUUAUCAUAAAUAAUAGUAGUAAUAUUGAAUAUUGAAUGCUCGCAAUUUUGUCAAACUGAAACUGGAUUCUUUGUGUUAUGUAAUUAUUGUAAAUAAGUUCAAAGAGAGAAAAAAUGACUUGCAUGUCUAUGUAUAAAUCUACUGAGAUAUCUAUUCCCGUCAAAGUUGACAAGUAGUUCGAUCUCUGUCCUUUUUUGUCACCUUCGCUUCUCUCCCCUCAAAUAUUGCUCGUCCUCACCUCCACCCCUCAGCCCUCCCAUCUCGACAGCCCUGUUUCUUCUUUUAUUUGUGGCCGAGAGACAACAACAGAGAGAGAGAGAAACAUAGCUUCCAGCGUCCUCAUCCGCCAUGUUCAGUUCAGACGCCGUGUUUACACCAGCCUGUCCGAAAUCCUGUUUUCACACGUGUAGAAAGAAGAGGUACGACAGUGUUUUUAGUUGUCCAACGUGCAUGCAGCGCUGUACCUUUUCUUUCGUCGCUCAGGUCUCCUUAUGUCUGUCUAAUAGACAAAUCCUGUUUGUUAAAGACAGAGAUGAAAAGAUCUUGUGUAUCGGCGGGUACUCGACAACGUUUUUUUUGCCUUUGUGGUGUAAACACAGCCACAACCACACCUGCGUCCAUCACCCCAGUUCCAGAGGCUCCACCCACUGGCUCCUCUGAUGAAAGUGCUUCCCUCCAUAUUAGGAAAAUUAACCCCGCCUCCAGGGCUUUAUAGGCCACACCCCCGAUCACUCCGGAGGCCCUGUUAACGGUUUUCCGAUCUCUCUCUCUCUCUUUGUUUGACUCUAUGUCUCUCCGCCACACCUAGCCAGCCAAACUACACACCUAAAACUCAGACUCUUGUCCUGCCUGUUUUCCCCAGAGAUUAGCCCACACCCUGUCCUGAAAUGAAAAACAGUUAGUACCCACAUCAUGAAAAGCUAACAGUUUGAACAGCUUCUACCCAUCAAUUGUGUCAGAUUUCCUCUAAAAAGAUGUGAAGAUUAUUGGAUGAAUAUCAUUUUGUUUUAAGCUGCUUUUAGAAGCUGAAAAAACAGAUAAAAAACCUUUAUCUGUAAAAACAGAAGAUCUGAUUUCUAACUAAUAUCGUCCAUGGUUGUCAUGUGAAAAAUCUGAGUCCUGUUUCCCUAAGGCGUCUUUAGGCAGAUGUGAUCUUAGUCCUAUUGUAUUUCAAUAGGCUACGUUCAUCAGGCUUUUGGAAAACAGGAGUACAGACCGUCCUGUGUUUCUGCACCUGAUGUACCUUAAAACGCCACGAUCGUCGUCCUCCUACGUGGCUGUUUCUGUUGUUUAGUCCCUGGCAGGUUCCUGGAGGAGGUCUUGGUUUCAGUUUCUCAAAGGCAUUGAAGCACAACAGAUCCAUUGAAGGUCAAACAAAAAGUUGGGUCUUGAGGUUUUUGUGACAAACUGAGUUACUUGUGGCUCUCUGGAAACAGUCUUGUGGUUCCGGUCAGACAGUCGGAAGUGGCUCAGGUUUGUUCUGAGGAUAUUUAAUAAAUUAAAGCAAAUUUAGUUUGAACGCAGCUUCGAUGGGUUUGAGGAACAUGGUCCUCCCAGAGUCGCCACCACCUAAUUUUGGGCCCGGUCUCUAGCCUCACACAGGCCUACCGUAACAAAGCGUGCAAUAUACAGAGAAACAAGGGCUUUCUUUUUCAUGCAGAGGCGUUCAGGCCCGGCCGACGAGCUCAGGCCUCCUGCAGGAACUACACUGACAAAAAUCACACGUUUUAGACAAAAUUAAAAACCUUCUGCAGCUUCGCAGAGGAACGAACCCUCUGUUUUUAGGGAAGACGGACAAAUAAAAGGUUGAAGCCAUCUCGGGGGAAAAUGGCAGGCGAGAGACGGAGACGUGAGGUUAGAAAAAACAUUUUCCUAAAAUUAAAAAGAAAAAACAAUGAAACAAAAAGAGGACAGGGCCAUCGCUAUUUAGAUGCAACUUUGACCGGAAAUGCAACUUGUGUCCCGUUUUUUUUGUGUGUGUGUAUGUGUGCGUAGCGUAAUGUAAAAGCGAUCUGUCCCCCCCCUCCCCUCCCUGCCCUCCCCCCUAUUAAAAAAAACACCCUGCCCACCUCACCCCCCCAACCACCUUCCCUCCCUCCCCUCCAACCCUGUCUCCCCCUCCUCCCCCCUCUCUCGUACUGCUGUUGGCUGUUCUGUUUAGUUCAUGUGACGUGCCAGUAUUCCCCCUCCCCCUUCUUUACCCCAUUUGCCUCCCCCCUUUCCCCCUCUCCCCACUCCACCCCCACCCUUCUUCCUCUCUCUUGCUCUCUCUCUCCCCCCUCCUCCUCUCCCCUCUCUCUCUCUCUUCAUGGAUCUUUAAGAUGACAACUCUAUGCAGAUGCUGUCUUUUAUAAGUGUGUCAAAAUUUUAAUUUAAAAUAAAAACUUAAAAAAAACAAACCCUGACAGACAUAUUGAAAUGAUAACAAAAAAUGAAUAAAGAAAAGGAUUGUUCAGUGUA